AAUCUAAAAUUAAUUAUGCUUUGUUGUUAAGACUAAAUUUAAAAAAAAUCUUUACUAAAACCUACGUCUAGUUUAAUUUUGGAGUUAUAUCAAAAAUACACACUGUAUACACGAAAAACUUCUUUGCGUAUAUUUAAACGGCAGUGAAAAUAACAUUCUUUCUAGGUGUAUGCAAAAAUGUUAUCACUUUUUAAACAAUUGGUGAGAUUAUUUUUUCGUAGGAGGCUUAAACAGAACUAUGUAAGUAGUUAAUAUUUCAACCGAAAGUGUAAAAUAUGGAUUAAUAUCUCAAACAAAAUCAUUUACUGCUCACAUUCUAUUGGCCUUUUCAAUAACGUACUAGUUGUACUUAUGUACGCCCAUUCACAUUUUAUGUACCUACACAUCUCUGUAUAGGAACUACAAAUGUACAAUACAAUGUUAACCCGGCCAAACUAACAAAUAAAGUAAAAUAAAACCUAAUAAAAGCGUUGCAGCGUAAACGGUGUUCACAUGGAUGCGUGAGCGGUGCGCGGCCGUCGACAGCCGUGGCUCGAGUCUACUCGGGCUCGCGGGCCAGAGUCUUAACUCUGCCGCGCCAGCCGCCCGCCUCGUGCCCGUCAAACUUUACCGCUCAGAAACAAAUCAUUUCCUACGAAAGCACAACUCUAGUGAUUCAACAUAUAAAAGUGAAGUUGAAAAAAGUGGACUAAAUAGUGCAGUUUUAGUGCCAAUGGUCAACUUCAGGUUUCGGAGAACCUCAAUGAUGUGAAAAACCACAUAAUGUAUGGCAUCAAUCAUACGGAAAAUGAAUUUGAAAUAUAUGAGCCGAGAAGAAACAAUGGAUUAGAUAAGAAUGCUUCAAUCGAGGAAAAUUCUUCAGUGUAUACGAACGAGACAUGGGCGGACUACGAGAGCUGGUGCUCAGCGAGCACUUCAACGGGGGAUUUCCUGACAUCACCGCUGUUCCAAGCGUGUGUUUACUUUAUGUACUGCACAGUGUUUGUGGUGGCUCUCGCAGGCAACGGGCUAGUGUGUUUCGUGGUGCAGACGUCACCGCGCAUGAAGACAGUGACGAACUACUUUAUAGUGAAUUUAGCAGUGGGGGACAUUCUAAUGACGCUGUUCUGCGUGCCGUUCUCGUUUGUGUCGAUGUUAGUGUUACGCUACUGGCCCUUCGGCGCCGUCAUGUGCAAGGUGGUGAACUACUCGCAGGCCGUGUCCGUGCUAGUAUCCGCGUACACGCUGCUCGCCAUCUCUAUCGACCGUUACAUGGCUAUAAUGCGCCCGCUUCGGCCACGCUUGGGAAAAGCUGCUGCCAAGCUCGUGGUGGCAGCCGUGUGGGGAGGAGCACUUGCCACAGCUGCUCCAAUUCCCGUCGUAUCGACACUCCAAAGGCCAACGGAGUGGUAUAAAACUUGUCAAGCAGAUAUUUGCCUCGAACAGUGGGAACGGGUCGAGCAGAGUUCGCAGUACACGUGCGCUCUGCUGGCGCUGCAGUUCGCGCUGCCGCUGUGCGCGCUCGUGUGCACGUACGCGCGCAUCGCGCACGCCGUGUGGGGCGGCCGCCCGCCCGGCGAGGCGCAGAGCGCACGCGAUACACGCAUGCAGCGCUCUAAGCGGAAGAUGAUCAAGAUGAUGGUGAUGGUAGUAGCCGUAUUUACAAUUUGCUGGUUGCCACUAAACGUGUUUAUAGUUUUGUGGACAACGCACGAGAGCGACGCGGAGUGGGGCGCGUGGCCGGGCAUGCCAUACGUGUGGUUUGCGAGCCACUGGCUGGCCAUGAGCCACUCGUGCUACAACCCCAUCAUCUACUGCUACAUGAACGCGCGCUACCGCCGCGGAUUCAAACAGGCAUUAGCGGGGCUGCUAUGCAUGAGACUGGAAGUCACUCAGCGGUCCUGUCACCGAUCAAGUAUGUGUGAUGGGUUGCCAAUGUCAGAAAUGAUCGGCAUGAAUGGCAUAACACGUCGCGGCACCAUGACGAGCUGCGUGAGCCGCCUGCAGCGAGCGCCGACGUGCUCGUCGUGCGCCUCCACACGUCGCGCGCCAGCCUCUCGUGCUGCGCCCCCGCCGGUGCGCGCGCUCUCCGUGCGCACGCACUUUAAUUAGACUGAGGAAAGGAACUGCAUAAACGUUACAAAAAUCUGACUUUUCAAAAACUGGGCGGCAGUAAAAUAGCUACGGCUUAUUAACAUAUUAAUCUCAGACUUACUGCUAUGUAAUAAGCUACACGUUUACCUACUUAUGAAGUGGGCUUUAUUUUUGUAUUAUGAGGUAGUCACAAGACCCCGAAAGAGUAAACACGGCUUAAUUGUAAAGUAAGGCUGAUACAUUAUACGAUGCACUGGCAACCUAAUUGGCUAUUAGACUGCCUGAUGGUAUUCAGGAAAGGAAGCUAAGUAGGUAGGAAGCAUUCACUAGCUUUGCA